ACUCCCAUCUGUCUUUUACUGUAUUUUACUGCUGGUAGUUGCCUGACGAUCUGGAAUGUUUUGUAUAGGAGGAGAUGCACAUUCCGUCCUCAGUCCUAAUUGGGAUUUCUGGGAGCUGGAAAGGCAACACUUGAUGUCCUUAAGCUCUAGGGGCUGUUACUGGGCUUCUGUCCACCCAGUCAACAGAAACGUGGCCUAGGAAACAUUCCUUUUGGUUGGAAGACAGCCUUGCUAGGGGGCCUUUGAGAUCCUUGCCUAGGACAUUGGAUCCCCAGUCUUUCAUUGCUGCUACAGAUACCCCAUACCCCAAGACCUUUGGGGGCAUAAGAUCUCUUCUGCUGGACUGCAGAACUUCCAACUGCAGUCAGACCAAGAGGCAGAGGAAUUUCAGGUUCACUGGUUGGCAGCAAUCUUGUAGAACAUGUCACCAUCUAUUUCGGGCGCGGUACAGGUGAGGAAACUGACGCACACAGAGGUUAGGAGUGUCAGGGCCAGAUGACCGGUGAGGGGUGGAGAUGACAGUCAUCCCGGGAUCUUAAUUUACUCAGCACUCUUUCUUCCACAACACUCUGAUCCCCGUGAUUGGCGUAUUUUAGGGGUGGGCGUGGGGUCGUAGGGCUUUCGUUUCUUUGGGCAUACAUUCCCAGGUCCACCUAGUGACGUCAAGUCAGAAGGGGCCAGAAUGUUAUUUACAAGGCGGAAUGCCAGCCACACAUGGAAUUAGACGGAAGCCAAAUGCUUCUCAGAUCUGCUCACGACGUGGAGAGAUCAGUUGGGAUGCUGUCUAUGAGAGAGAACUGCACACUUUUCAAGAGUAUGGAGAUAAAGGAGAAAUCUGGUUUGGAGAAGAGAGUAUGAAUCGACUAAUAAGGUGGAUGCAGAAACACAAGAUUCCGUUGGAUGCUUCAAUACUUGAUAUUGGAACUGGAAAUGGUGUUUUCCUGGUUGAACUUGCAAAAUUUGGUUUUUCUAAUAUUACUGGAAUUGAUUACUCUCCUUCUGCAAUCCAGCUUUCUGGAAGUAUUAUAGAGAAAGAAGGUUUAUCUAGCAUUAAGUUGAAGGUAGAAGACUUUUUGAAUCUUUCCACAAAGCUGUCUGGAUUUCAUAUUUGUAUUGACAAAGGGACAUUUGACGCCAUAAGCCUUAAUCCUGACAAUGCAAUUGAGAAGAGGAAGCAGUAUGUGAAAUCUCUCUCCAGGGUGUUGAAAGUGAAAGGCUUUUUUCUAAUAACCUCAUGUAAUUGGACCAAGGAAGAGUUGCUAAAUGAAUUCAGUGAAGGAUUUGAACUUUUCGAAGAAUUGCCAACACCCAAGUUCAACUUUGGAGGCAGAUCCGGAAACAGUGUAGCAGCAUUGGUUUUCCAAAAAACGGAGUUGACCAACUUGGCCAUUUUCUGUAAGAGCCCCCCCAAGGAGGGUGAGUGGCUGGUGGGGAGCUGUUUCUGCUGACGUCUGUCACCUGGGAGGUGCCCAGGGGAUCGCCUCU